UGAUGAUGACUCUGAGCUGAUCUGAUACUAAAGAAAAACACAAAAGGUAGUAAGAGAAAAUAGGAAAGAAAAAGUUUCAAAAUUUCACCCCAUACCAACUAGACAGACCCAGAUCCAAAGUUGCAGACUUUUCAACAAUUUUCAAAGUAAUUUUACCCACAAAAAGGAUUAGAAGACUAAUACUUUUCUUAAACACACCACACCACCCAUUAUGAAAAAAGAAAGUAUAUUUUUUGUAUGUUGUGAGUUGAGUGGAAACAGAGGAUAGACUCAGAGAAAAAGAAGGGAAAUUAACAAAGGAGUGUUUUUUUUUCCUUCUCUGGCUGCUUCUCUUUCUAUCUCUCUCUCUCUCACUCUCAAACAUCUAGAAGAAGAGAAAGCUUACACAUAAAUCUCAGAAUCUGAGGUGAAUGAGUUUUGCCUCUGAAGCUUUAUUUCAUCCCAGGUGAUACAAAAGCAAUCAUGCUUACAAAAUCUUAGCCAACAAUCUUUGUGAGGAAAGUAAUGUUUGAGACAAAUGGGGAAGAAAGGAAGCUGGUUUUCUGCAAUUAAAAGGGUUUUUACUCCACAUUCCAAAGAGAAGCUAGGCAAUGAGGCAGAGAGAAAGAAUGUAAAAGAGAAGAGGAAGAAAGGUUUUGGGAAGCUAAGGCGUGGAGAGCCUAGUAGCAUUGAGAAGAUCUUUGGCGAGGCUGAGAGAGACCACAAUCUUUUCUUCAGGCCUUCUACUCCUCCUCCUGAUCCUGACCGAUCAAAUCCACCCUCAUACUCUCCUCCUCCUCUCAGGCCUGCUUCUCCUCAGCUUCCUUCUCCAAGAGUUGCUUCACCACGAGCCGCUUCUCCAAAGCCUCUUCCUCCUCCCAGAGCAGACCUUCCAAGGUUGGAUUCUCCAAAGCCCUCUGAGCCAUCAUCAGCCUCUGCCAGUGCUCCUCCUCCUCCUCUGAAGCCUGCUUCUACUCGUGUUCCUUCUCAGAGAAUUACCCCUCCCAUUGUUCCUUCUCCAAGACCAACUUCACCAAGAGUUGUCUCCCCACAAGCAGUCCCUCAAAAGCUGCCGUCUCCAAGAGCAGACCCGCUAAGAUUGAAUAAUCCUAGACCAUCUUCACCAAAGCCUCCUUCUCCAAGAGCAGACCCACCACGGUUGGAUUCUCCAAGACCUCCUUCUCCAGGAGCAGAACCACCAAGACUUGAUGCUCCAAGGCCCACUACGCCUAGGCCUCCUUCUCCUAGAGCAGAUCCACCAAGAUUGGAUGCACCAAGGCCCAUAACGCCUAGGCCUCCUUCUCCAAGACCCGUUUCACCUAGGCCUGUGCAGCGAAGGGAGAUUGUAUCUAGACCAGAACCAACUCUCUUGGUCCAACAUGCUUCUGCAAGAAAGAUCCAAGCAGCUUUCAGAGGCUACAUGGCAAGGAGGAGUUUCAGAGCUCUCAAAGGACUAGUCAGGCUUCAAGGAGUAGUGAGAGGACACAGCGUGAAGCGUCAGACAGUAAAUGCAAUGAAGUACAUGCAGCAACUGGUCCGUGUCCAGUCCCAGAUUCAGUCACGCCGCAUCAAAACGUUGGAAAACAAAGCGCAGGCUGAGAGAGACGAAGCUAAAUGGGCUGCAGCAUCAGAGGCUGGUAAUGGUAACUGGGACGACAGUGUGCUGACAAAAGAAGAAAGAGACGCAAGAUCUCAGAGAAAGACUGAUGCAGUCAUCAAAAGAGAACGGUCCAUGGCAUAUGCAUAUUCUCACAAGUUGUGGAAGAACAGUCCCAAGUCUGCAGCGUCUACAGGUGGGCUACCUCUAUGGUGGAACUGGAUGGAUCGGCAGCUUCCUCUAGCUAGUCCUGCACCGAGCCACAGAGACUACAGGCUAACACCAACAAGACUGAGUCCAAGCCCUCUGUCUCACCAUUUCAGGCAUGACAGCAACUUCGACACUUCCACACCAAAAUCGUCUAGGUCCACACUCCUCACUCCGUCAAGACCCAUCCGCACAGGCACAUCAAGAUACUCUAGAGGAAGAGGGCAAGAUUCUCCUUUCACAGACAAUGACAGCCUCACAAGCUGCCCUCCUCUCCCUAGCUACAUGGCUCCAACGGUCUCUGCCAGAGCUAAAGUUAGACCAAGCAGCAAUCCGAAGGAGAGAGUGAUGGGUACACCGUCAUCGGUUGGAAGCGAGAGGAGGAGAAUGUCUUAUCCACCGACACAACAAGGUAUGGAUACGUUUAGAUGGAACAAAGGAUCAUUGGUCAUGAGCAACAGUGGCAGCCAGAGAGGUGGUGGUGGUCCUGGUUCACCUGGAGGUGUGGUUCUUGAGAAGCACAAGACACUUAAAUCAGUAGGGAAUUUGAGCAUUGGUUCUUCUAAUGUCUCGAUGCCAGAUGGUAGGAAGCGGUUUAACAGAUAUGUGUGAUUUCAUUUUGAUUGAAAACCUUUCUUCUUCUUUUUUAUGUUUCUUUUGCUUCAUUUUGUGGGUUGUGUUGAUUUUGAGUGAUGUUGUAGUGUGGAUUAUGAAUGUAACAUAAUAAAAUGAAAAACAAUGACAAAAGGAUUUGGUUUGACUAGCU